AUGCGAGGAACAGUUGAGCACUGCUCUGCCUAUGCUAUUUUAGCACCGUCUGCACGUCCCUUGGCGGAUCUCGAGUAUGCCGACAAUAUAGUAAUAUUCGCUUCUAACAUCGCGAAGUUACAACUUGUUAACCUUGUAUCGAAAUUAGCUGCAGCCUACGGACAUGGAAUGCAAGCAGAUGUGGGUUGUAAGCUGAAGAACGAUGACAGCUACGACAAAGAUAUUCAGCAAAGAUACGCUAAAGCUAAUUCGGCAUGUCGGCGUGCAACUCAUUGA